UUUCAAACACAAGUCAAAAGGUCGCGACGGGAGGCGGUCGCGCACCAACUUCGUGUCUAAAACCCUACAAAAGAAGGAAGAAGAGAGGAAGAGAAGAGGAACAACAACUCGAGCCAAGAGAGCGAACAGUCUCCACAUUUCACCGAAUUUGUAAGGCCAGACAGGCACGAAACUAAAAAACCGAGAGACAGACCAAGGAACACUGCACCCUACGUCAGGAACCCAAGGAUUUUGCAAGAUGGGCGUCGGAAAGAAUGGAGAAAGCACGAUAGAGAGGGAUAUUGCUGGCCUGGAGGAGAUGACCAGCCAGGCCAUCUCUCUGUAUGCAAACAACAGGGUCAACUCUGCCAUAAAUGCAUCCAAAGACAUCUUGGUCAGUUCUUUGGCUGCAUGUGAACACUCAAGGCUAGCUCUGAAAGAGACCAUCAGAGAGCUACUGCAAGUUGAGGAAGCAGAAUCAAAUGCUCUUGAUGAACUCCGCUCUGAAACUUUAGGUCCAGGAGCAAGUCAGGUGGUGUCACAAAUUGCCCAGGCCAAGAGGAGAAUGGAAGAAAUAAAAGAAGAAAUUAAAUCAGUGACAGGAAGCAUAAGUCACACAGAACAGCUGGAACACUCCUUGGAACAGAGGGCCAAAUCCUCUAGUAAACAUACAACAGCUGUUGUACCCAAAAUCAAGGCUGAUGUUACGACCUUCACACAGAUUUCUCAUCUAAAAUGGGACUACACUGCUCCAGAAAAUGUAGUCAAAGGGUUCAUUCUCCGACCAGAGAAGAGGGACAUCACCCCUUUCAAGCUCGACACAUCAUCGCACUCCCAGUUCUUCAUCACAAAUUUCCUGUGGCAACAGAUUGCUGCUGAUAGUGAUUUUAUUUGAAAAUCUAUGAAGAUGAUACUCAGAAUAUUUUACUUGUAUCAGUUACAGAAUAUCUUCCAAAUUUAUCAAUUUUUUAUAUGGUAAAGCUUUUGCUCCCUUCACUUUCUAGUUUGAAAACUUACUGAUAUGCAUUUUUUCUUUUUUUCUUUCCUUUCCUUUUAUAUGAUCUCCCAAGAGUAGGAUUUAAUCAUGUCAACAUAUGUACUGCUAGUUUUAAAAAUAAAACAUUAAAUGUCUUCAUGCUGUCUAAA